CCUCGCGCUGCCCUGCAGGGUCGCUGCGAGCCUUCGUCGUUGCUUUCUCCCAUCGUGUCCCGACCUUUGUCCAUCUCUCCUCCCUGUACUUAAGCCUGCACUGUCCUAAUCUCACUUCAACCCCACGUGUGUUGUCCUUGCGGAUCACUGGCAUCUCACUAUGGCUCCCCCGAGCCAAGCUCAGCCACAGCCCGUCUCCCCCGAGGAGCUAUACAAUGUCGUGUGCGGCGCCGCAUCCCAGAACCCAAGUGAAGUGCAGGUUUCGACACAUAGAUUGAAGGAUCUCCUAGAGCGACCAGGAGCUUAUGAUAUCCUGCACGAAAUCGCCGCUCAGAAAACCGUCCCUCUCCAGGUCCGCCAACAGGCCAUGAUCCAGUUUAAGAACGCGACUUCAGGUCACUGGAGGUCGCGCAAAAACUUCCCUCCCGAGAUCAAGGAUCGCAUCCGGGCACGCACCCUCUCCUUCUUGGACGAGACCGAUGACAUUAUUGCAGAGUGUAACGCGCUCGUUGUCGCGAAGAUCGCGCGGAUGGACUAUCCCGUCGCUUGGGGGAACCUCAUGUCGCAUCUCGGAGGCGCGAUCAACUCCUCCGUAGACGCUCGAUACACUAACGGCGACCCAAACGCGACCCUGGUGUUGCGCCGCUCGCUCCAAGUCCUCAACGCCGUGCUGAAGGAGUAUGCGGGAUUCAAGAUGUUGACGGGCGUCAAGACCAUGGGCAAGCUCGUAGAGGAUCUGCGACUACCCCUCCAAGCCCACUACGCGCGAAUCUCAUCCUCGCUAUCCUCCAUCGCCCCCGCCUCGCUCAGCCAAUUGCGCACGGCCGAAGACCUCCUCCUCACGCACCUGACCUUCAAAUGCCUCGUCAAGCUCGCUUUCUGGGCGUACCACCGCUACACCUGCUGCCGCGACUACCAGGAGUUCGCGCCCUGGGUGCAGGACUUCUUCCAGAACGCGGCCGUCCAGCUGCAGGCGCUCUCGGAGAUGCGCAUCGGGCUGGUCUCCGCCCUGGGCGCGGGGCCGCCCGCGGACGCCGUGUCGCAGCGCGCGCUCGACCUGCUCACGCGCCACGUGCGCGUGUUCGGGAAGCUGUUCAGGCGCAUGCAGCGCGACAACCCGGCGCACUUCGUCACGCUGCCAGUGUGCGGAGACCUGGUGCUGUACUACUGGAGCAAGGUCGUGCAGGCGACGGCUGGUCCGUCGGAGCAGAUCGCAGACUCGGCUCUCGCCGUGUUCCCUGUGCGCUUCCUCGUGCAGGGCAUGGCGCUCUUCCGCGACAGCUUGGCGCAGUGGGCGCCUGUCAAGAAGGACGGGUCGACGAACGACAGAGUGCUCACGAAGGAAUUCGUGGAGGACGCGGUGAAAAUUUUGGUGACGCGGUUCAUCCCGCUGAACCCGACUGACCUCGAAGAGUGGAUGGCUGAUCCGGAGGAGUGGGUCAACACGGAGGAGAAAGAGAACGACCAGUGGGAGUACGAACUUCGGCCUUGUGGGGAGCGCGUCCUCAUGACGCUGGCGAGCCAAUAUCCUCAGUACGUCCAGCCGCUGAUCCAAACCACAUUCAACAACCUCGUCGGUCAGCGAGCGAUAGACCUCCCUGCGAUCAUCCAGAAAGAGGCCCUGUACUGUGCAGUUGGGCGCUGUGCCAUUCGCCUGAAGGGAGCCAUCCCCUUCAAGGACUGGCUCGAGAGCUCUCUUAUGGCCGAGGCCCAAGAGACCCAUCCGAGCUACCCCAUUGUGAAGAGGCGAAUCGCAUGGCUCCUCGGCAAGCUGGUCGCGGACGAAUGUCUGACGGCGAACAACCCCAUCCUUUGGCAAGUCCUGGUCCACCUGCUCCGAGACCAGGGUCCGGGGUCCGACGCGGUGGUCCGCCUGACGGCGGCGAUAGCCAUCCGUGAAUGUGUCGAUAGCUUGAACUUCGACGCAAACACGUUCGCGCCCUUCUUGCCUCAAGUCGUCACGUCCCUGGUCCAGCUCACCGCUGAGGCGGACUCGCUGGAGGCUAAGCGAAGGAUCAACGACAGUUUGAACACGGUCAUUGAGCGUGCAGAAUCUCGUAUUGUCCCUCUGAUUAGGAUGGUUGCGGAGCCAAUACCUCAGCUUUGGACUGCUGCGGAGGAAGACUGGUUGUUCAAGGCUUGUUUGUUGGGCACGGUCCAGAAGCUUGUCGAGUCAGCGAAAGAAAAUGCCAACUCGCUGAGCGCGUUGGUCGUACCUCUUGUCCGCGAAUGUUUCAUCCCGCCUGCGUCUAUCCAACUCGACCAGGACGCGUUCGCGCUCUGGCAAAGCGCCCUCAGGAACACUAACACCAUUGAGGGCUCCCCUGGUCUCGUCGAGCUCGUCCCCCUCAUCAUUCAGCAGCUCUCGAGCAACUUCGAGCUUCUGGGCACGGUCGUGCACAUCCUUGAGUCAUACUUCUUGCUUGACGCCCCCCGUAUCCUCCAGGUGGCAGCGGUCGAUCUGCUUCGCGCAUUCAACGCAGCGAUCACUGAGGGAGCUAUCUCCACGAACAUCAAGCAUAUGACGUCAGCCCUCUGUUUGCUCACGCAGGUCGCGCCUCCGGCGCUGUGGGGGGAGGCCAUGCACAGCUCUGGAUUGUUCCUCACCGUCUGGAAGGGCUUGGAAGAGGACAAGCUCCCCACAAUUAUCCUGACUGAAUACGUGUACCUCCUCGCUCGCAUAGCAGUCGCGGACAGGCAGCUGUUCCUCAACCUCGUCUCCGCCACCGCCGAAGCGCUCAACCAGCCGGUGUCGCAGAUCUGGGAGCCGAUCCUCAACCAAUGGUGGACGCGGUUCGACAACAUGUCCGAGCCGCGCCUGCGAAAGCUGACGGCGAUGGGCAUCGCGAACCUCGUGUCGACGGGCCGACCGGAGGUGCUCGACAGGCUGUCGACCGAGAUCUGCAACCUCUGGAUCGACGUGUUCGGGGAGAUCAAGGAGGCGCAGAGCAAUACGGGCAACGACUCGUCGCUCACGCUGUAUUGGGAUCGUCCGUUUGACGAGGUGUAUACCGAGGUGGAGGGAACACUGGAGCAUGAACGUCGGAGGGCCGUCUUCGACAACGACCCUGUGCGCACGACCCAACUCACGGGGUACAUCGCCACCAAAUUGCGCGAGGCCGAGGCGGCGUGUGGUGGUGGAGCCGAGCUGCAGUCGCGCUACCUUACCAACGCUGAGCCUACACUGCUGAAGCAGAUCUACGACGCAAUCACCGGAAACCGGCCAUAAGGUUUUGAGUACUGAGCUCCGUCGCGAAAGAGCUUCUCUGUUAUGUUUUGCCUCUGGUUGUCGUCUCGCAAUGCUACUCAAGCUGUCUCGCUCGCGGUCCCUCUGUUGCUUUCCCAUCGUACUCUACCAAUGCUUACACUAGUCCACUUGAUAACAUCAC